AUGCGACGAGCUAUCGUCGGCGUGUUCAUAUGCAUCGUUUUCGUCAUCCUAUGGCUCCACUACACUUUCAUCGAGAUUCUUUACAAGUGCUAUGAUGAGGACCGCAAGGUUUGUGAGUAUAGUCUGGUCAGAUUUUUAAUGUCAAAUUCGCGCUCAAGCUCCGCCCCUAUAGGUGGGAUAAACCCAUCAGAGAGCGUUUUCGAAUGACGUCAUUGUACACUCAAAAUCUGAACAGACAAUAAAACACGGUUUUUAUUCAAAUUGUAGAAAAUACUCGUUGCAUUUCGAAAUAUGAACUAAAAACUGAACAAAACCUGGAAAUCUUUUUUUCAAAUUUAAGAUUUUUUCUACAAUUUUUAGUAGACCAUUUGGCACACAAUGAAAACUUUCAUUAUUUGGAAUUAAUAUCUCAAAACUCAUUUUUCACUGGCCAUCUUAAUUUAAGCAAAGCUACUAUGCCGCGGUCCCUUGCCUGGAAGUCUUGUCACUUCUGGGAACCCUCGGAAUGCUCUUCAUCUUUUGUUUUUUGAUGAUCUGCACACCGGUAUCCCUGUUUUUCCCUUUAUAUUAUGCCAUUAUGAGUUUUCCAAACGUUCUCAUCUUUGUCGAUGGUCUACUCUGUCUACAGCGUUUUCUGAUUUUCUUCGACUUGGCGCCAGUCUUCUGUUCAAAUUUCAAAGUGUCAGUUUUGCAUACCAAUCUUCCUUGAGUUGUAAAAGGAUUCAGAUACAUCGCUAUUACUAUUGCGAUAUCUCUUCCGGUGUCCUUUCUUAUUACUUUAUGUGCGGUUGGGAGAGUCAUUCUGCCUCGGGACACACAAAGUCAAUUCGAAAUGUAUUCGCUAUUCUUCUAUAGAACUUGCAAUGUCAGUUUUUGAAAGGUUAUUUCAGAAAAAUUAAAAGAUUCACGUCGAAACGUUAAAAAAAAUUGGUUGGAAGUGAAACUGUUUGGAAAAGAGUUGAAAAGCAAAAUCAAUUGAGCGUUUGUUUUAAACGCAAGUUCCCGUAAAUUUUAAUGCUCAGGGUGUAAACUCACCGAGACGCACUAUCGAACACUCGAAAUUUUUUUCAAUUUCAGAAUUUGCAAUUUUUGGAUAAUAGUUCCGGAAAUUCGAAAUCUCGUCAGUUUGAAGAAUCUGAUGUGAAAAAAUUCACUCAAGUUUAAAAAAAUAUAUUCAAAAAAACUAUUUUUGAGAGGAGUGCUUUUUUUCUUUCACUGACAAGAACGCCGUGUUCUAUCAAAUAACACAAAAAAAGAUAUUUUUGAUUCAUUUUCGAAUGAUCUCUUAAGGUCCUACUUUACGCAUUCCAGACCUUAUCAAUGAUAAAGAUGACAGUUUCGUUGUCUACUCUCAUUGGAUAUGUUUUCCUUUUGUGGCGCAUUCGAAGCGUGCAAAAGACAAUGACGACAGUCCGCGAGAGACAAAGAAAUCAUAUAAGUAUCGUCCUUCAAGCUCUCCCAAUCUCCUUAUAUUCAUUCGUGAGUUUUCCGUUUUCAACAAAAUGAAACUUUUCUCAAAAUGAAAUGGAUAGUUUUGUAGUUUUUCUCAUUCGACAUGGUCUCGAUUGUUCUGGACAGGUAUAUCCCAGAAGAUUCCUACUCAGUGAACACGUUUUUCUUCAUCAUCAACUUUUUCUGCACGACCGCAGGUUUGUCAAAAAGCCGUGAAAAUCGCGAAAAUUGAAACUUCAGGCUUCAUAGUCCCGUGUUCGCUGAUCAUCGGGAAUACCAGCAAGCGGAAAAUGUUCAUGACGAAAAUUGGAUUCAAAAUGACGCCUCGGGUCGAAAGAACCAGUGUAAUUAGUAUUCCAAGGAACAGUGAAACUAAUCGAUAA